AUGUCAGGUCGCGGAAAGUACCAUAGUAAGAGGAAACCCACGCGUGGCGGUGGGCACAAGUUUACAUCGGCGCGUCAGUUGGCAGCCGCAAAGAAAGAAGAAGAGAGUGACAUGUGGCUUGAGGCAAGUAAGUUUUUUUGCUUUUAUCAGUAUAGGGAUAACAAAGCAGAUGAAGAAAGCAGUAAUUCUGCAGAUGAUGGCAGUAGUGAUAGCGAUAAUGAGGAAGAACAAAAACAAGGGAGCAGCAGUAGUAAAAAAAAAGUUUCUUUCAAGAAAAAAGCUUCUAAAUCGGAAUCAGGGUCAGCCUCGGAAAUAUCUACAGCGCCACGAGAAUUGACACGUCGGGAAAGAGAGGCCGCCGAGAAAGAAGCAGCGAGACAGCAGUAUUGGAAACUUCAUACAGAAGGUAAAACAGACCAAGCCAAAUCUGAUUUGGCACGUCUGGCAGUUAUCCGGCAGCAACGUGAAGAAGCAGCCAAACAGCGGAAAGCUGAAGCCGAAGCCAAAGCUGCAGAAAAAAAAGCAAAGUUAGAAAGAGAAGGUCGAAAGAAUAAAAAAUAG